UUUUUUUGGGGGGAUUUUUUUUUGGGGGGGGAUUUUGGGGGGUCUCGGCCCCACCAUGGCGGGCUCGGCCGUGCUGCAGCUCCUCCGCCAGGGCGUGUGGGCCUCGCUGACGGGCGGCUGCUUCCUGGAGCCGCAGCUCGGCGCUUUCGCCAACUGCGUGCGGCUCUACGUGUGGCUGUUCCUGCUGGGGCUGCCGCUCGGCCUCUACUCGGCGCUGCCCCCCAGCCCCGCCGUGGCCGCUGUGUACUGCGCGCUCGUGGCCGCGUUCUUCGGGGCGCUCAAGGCCGUGACGUUCCGGCUGCACGCGCGCCUGGACCGGGCGGGGGGCGAGGGGGACCCCGAGGGGGGGGCGGCGGCGUUGCUGCCCCCCCACCCCCCACCCAGCGCUGAGGAGCGGGAUGGGACCCCCGGCCCCCCCGGGGGGGGUUUGGAGCUCUCGGUGCUGCGGUGGCCGAGCGCGACCCCUCCCCAGCUCUGCGGCUUCAAUCAACUCUCGGAGCUGCUGCCACACCUGGACACCAACAGCGGGGCUGGGGAGCUCCGGAGCAUCCUCACGGCCGCUGACCGGGACUGGCUGCGCUCGCUGGGUGAGGGGGGGGCUCGUGGGGGUCCCAGUGGGGCUGGGGGCGAUGCCAGGACCCCCCUGAGCCCCCCUGAGCCCCCAGCCCCAGGGAUUUGCUCUGCAGGCUCGGGGGUCCCUCCUGACAGCCCCCCCCACCAGGGUGGGGGUCCCAGCAGCUCCAUCCCCGCACCCCCCCCACAGACCCCCGCGACCCCCCCUUGAACGCUGGGGAGGGGGCGGGGGGGGGCUCU